AUGGUGGCUAUACCGCCUCAUGACUACCCAGGACGAUCGAAUAAAGUCAAAUCCAUCAAAUUCCCAGAAGACAAGCUAAGAAAGAAGUUCUACGACAGUCAAGUAGGCAAAGGUACCGAAGCUACACCCUUGUACGAAUCAUCUGCGAGGAGUAUAUGUGAUGAAUUUGUCAAGGUACAGAAGGAAAUGAUGAGCAAAAAAAUGUCUGAAGCCGAGGCUUUCGCGGAAGCCGAGACAAUCAUCAACCAGCGCAUGAAGAAUACGUCACCCGUGUCUAAGGCAGGGAAGAAUAGUCAGAAAGUCAUACACGACCUAUUGCAGUCGAUAAAAGAUGCGCAAGCUAACAAAAUGUUAGGAGGCGCAAAAGGUAUGUUAUCUAAUACCACCAGCGGGUUUAUGAGUACUACGCUUCGAUAUAUAAAAAUUGAUUUGUUUUGA